GCGUGAAGCAUUUGCAUCGCGCCAAUAAGCACUGCAGCAUAAUCCUCAUCCCAUUCAUAACCUCAUUUUCACAGCGGAUUGCUCCACGCAAUAAAAGAUUUUUUCAUCGUGAAAAUAUGUGAAGAUUUUCCCAUUUUCUUCGCGAUUUUUCAUAUUAGAUCAAGUGCUGAGUUGCUAAAGACGUUGCAAUGAGUACGAUUUUGGAGAAAAUUGCCGCCAUUGAGUCGGAGAUGGCCAGGACGCAGAAGAAUAAGGCCACGGCGGGACAUUUGGGGCUCCUGAAGGCACGCUUGGCUAAGCUGAGACGUGAAUUGAUCACCCCAAAGGGCGGUGGCGGUGCCAGCGAGCAGGGCUUCGAAGUUGCCAAGACGGGAGAUUCGCGUGUUGGCUUCGUGGGGUUCCCCUCGGUGGGGAAAUCAACACUCCUGUCCAAUUUGGCGGGGGUGUACUCCGAAGUGGCGGCGUAUGAAUUCACAACGCUCACCACUGUCCCAGGAUGCAUUAAAUACAAAGGCGCCAAGAUUCAAUUGUUGGAUCUUCCGGGAAUCAUUGAGGGUGCCAAGGAUGGCAAAGGUCGUGGUAGGCAGGUGAUUGCCGUGGCGCGUACGUGCAAUCUCAUCUUCAUGGUGCUGGAUGUGCUGAAGCCGUUGCACCACAAGAAGCUGCUCGAGCACGAAUUGGAGGGUUUCGGCAUUCGACUCAACAAGCAACCGCCCAACAUUCACUUCCGGAAGAAAGACAAGGGUGGCAUCAAUCUCAAUGCAACUGUUGCCCAAUCGGAACUCGACCUGGACACCGUGAAGACCAUCCUGUCCGAAUAUAAGAUCCACAAUGCUGACAUUACGCUACGCUACGACGCCACAAGUGAUGACCUCAUUGACGUGAUUGAGGGCAAUCGCAUCUACAUCCCCUGCAUCUAUCUCCUGAACAAGAUUGACCAGAUUAGCAUUGAGGAGCUGGACGUCAUCUACAAGAUCCCCCAUUGUGUCCCCAUUUCGGCGCAUCAUCGUUGGAAUUUCGAUGAUCUCCUCGAACUUAUGUGGGAAUACUUGCGGCUCAUCCGGAUCUACACGAAACCCAAAGGGCAGCUGCCCGACUACAGUUCCCCCGUUGUCCUGCACACCGAAAGGACAUCAGUUGAGGAUUUCUGCAACAAACUCCAUCGCUCCAUUGCCAAGGAGUUCAAAUAUGCCCUAGUGUGGGGAUCUUCGGUGAAGCAUCAACCGCAAAAGGUGGGCAUCGAUCACAUACUCAAUGAUGAAGAUGUCGUGCAGAUUGUUAAGAAAAUCUAAUGAAAAAACAGCCGCUGCUGAUGAAUUACGAUUGAAAGAAAUUAAUAAAGUUAUUGAAUUCAGGGCAGAAAGAAAA